AUGGUUCUCAUCCUUGCAGCCACGAUCGGGAAAAUGAUCUACGAUGAAGUGAAGGACCACAAGGGAAAGAAGAACGGCACGCACAAACGAUCGAAAUCAGAUCCAUCACAGAGCAGACGACUCUCAAUGGACAAACCUCUUCCUUCCACCCCAUUACAAACGAGUAAUAUCGAGCCCUCAACAGCAUUGCAAACCAACAAUACCGAUCCCUCGCCCACGAGCCUUUACGAAGUGAGCCCGGUAGAAGGAGUGUACGAGAUGGACGUUGCACCUCCACCAUACCAGGCCACAAGUCCAGUAAUACCUGAGCGGAGUCCUUUGAGAGUCAAGGUGGGCAACGAUGUGGUCCCAUGGUCGCCAGAUGAUAUUGUGAGGCCGUCAAUUGAAGAAGUAAGAGCAUCGGACGUGCGACGGAAACCAUCACCACAAGUGUUUGAGUUGGAAUAA